AUGUCAAAACACAGUGACAGCGAAGCACCAACGAUCGCCAGCGAUGUCGAAAAGACGCAUACCUACAUUGGGAGUGGGACGGAACAAGAUCCCUUUGUCGUCGAAUUCCAGAAGGACGACCCCAGCAACCCCAUGAACUGGUCGCAAAGCCGCAAAUGGUUCAUCACCGCUGUUGUGGCCAUGUCCGUCUUUGUCGUGACUUUCGCCUCCUCAGCGCCAUCUUCCUCCUUUCAGGGCCUCAUUCGCGAUCUCGACGUCAGCCGCAUAGAAUUCACGCUCAUCAUCUCCCUCUUCGUCCUCGGCUUCGCUAUCGGGCCGGCAUUUUGGGGCCCAGUGUCUGAGCUGUAUGGGCGGCGGAUCCAGUGGAUUGUUGCCCACAUAGGCAUGAUAGCAUUCUUUGGAGGCUCGGCCGGUAGCAAGAACAUCGCGACACUAUCUGUGCUGCGCUUACUUGCAGGCAUCUUCGGCGCGUCGCCGCUCGUCAAUUCUGGCGGUGCCAUCGCCGACAUGUUCCUUCCUGCUCAGCGCGGCCUGGCCAUGACCCUCUAUGGCGUCGCUCCGUUUGUGGGGACGACGCUUGGUCCGAUUCUUGGUGGCUUGAUCUCGGCGAACGCGGGAUGGCGUUGGGUCUACGGGGUCUGCUGUAUCGCGAUCGGCGUCAACGGCGUCUUUGGUGCCAUCUUCGUGCCCGAGACGUAUGGGCCCGUGCUGUUGGCACGCAAAGCCACGCACCUGGCGACUCAGGACGGCCAGCACUACAUCAGUGUUCUGGAGAAGGGCCAAGCCAAGAAAACCCCGUCCGAGGUUUUCCAGAAGGCUCUGGUGCGCCCGUGGGUCUUCCUCUUCCUAGAGCCGAUUGUGCUGGUGGCAUGUAUCUACGUUGCCAUCAUCUUUGGCACCGUCUACCUGUUCAUGGGCGCGAUGCCCAUCGUCUUUAGCCAGGGCAGGGGCUGGAGCGAGGCCACCAGCGGCCUUUCCUUCCUGGGCAUGCUCGUCGGCAUCAUCGCCGGGCUCGCAUAUGUUGUAUUUGACAACAACACCCGCUACAUGAGACUUUCGGUCGCAAAGACGGCAACUCCAGAGUCGCGCUUGCCACCAGCCAUCAUUGGCGCCGUCGCUCUGCCCGUGGGCAUGUUCGGCUUCGCCUGGACCAACUUUCCCAGCAUCCACUGGGCCGUCUGCAUCGUCCUGUCUGCACCGUUCGGGCUCGGCUGCGUCCUCGUCAUGCUCCCGAUCACGAACUAUCUCAUGGACUCAUACACCGUCUAUGCCGCGUCGGUGCUCGCCGCCGCAGCCAUCCUCCGGUCCAUCCUGGGUGCUGUUUUCCCCCUCUUCACGCCGGCCAUGUACCAGAACCUUGGCAUUCACUGGGCCACGUCCAUCCCCGCCUUCUUGACGCUGGCGUGUAUGCCAUUUCCCUUCAUCAUGCACAAGUAUGGCGGGACUCUCAGGAUGAAGUGCAAAUAUGCUGCGGAGGCGGCCGAGGUGAUGCGGACGAUGCAGAGGCAACAAGCUGCCGCAGUCGUUCCCGCCGCCUCUGAGGUGAGGCCUGGGACGUCCUCGGAUUGA